CACUAGCUUUUUCUACUAGCGCUUCGUUCGUUUCACGCAUGCGCGGUGACUCAUUCUUCUCUCAGCAUCAUGGCGGCUCCCGUAGACCUCGAGUUGAAGAAGGCCUUUGCAGAGUUGCAGGCUAAAAUGAUUGACACCCAGCAGAAGGUGAAGCUGGCAGACCUGCAGGUCGAACAGCUGAGCCGCAUGAAGAAGCACGCCAACCUCACGCAUGCAGAGAUCACGUCACUCCCUGACACCACUCACAUGUUUGAGGGAGCAGGACGCAUGUUCAUUUUACAGUCGAAAGAUGAGAUCACCAAACAGCUUUUGGAAAAGCAGAAGACGGCAGAUGAGAAGAUCAAGGAGCUUGAGCAAAAGAAGACAUACCUGGAGCGCAGCGUUAAAGACGCGGAGGACAACAUCAGAGAGAUGCUGAUGUCCAGAAGGGCCCAGUAAAACGCUCACACACACCCAUCCACACGCAAAAAAAAAAAAAAAACUCAUCACCUUUGUACACCGUGCCCUUACUUUGAACAUGCUUGAGCAUGUAUUGGAGAAUACUCGUGACAGUCAUUUGUUAGCUGAAUACAGGAAGUUUAUUUAGGUUAAUAGUAAAUGAAUGUUCUGUUGACUGUCUAACACUGACUCGUGUGUCUUCUGACACCUGAGCAUUUAAGUUAUUGAUUGUUUUCUUUGACAGUUCUUAAUGGGUUGUUUCUAUGGUUUUGUAAUAAUACAAAACAUUUUUUAUGUAAGCAGGUGUUAAUGUGGUAAUAAAGGUGUUUAAAGACAGUAAA